CGCACGGUUUGGGUAAUCGUCUGGAUCGUUGAUAAAGUUGUAAACUAUACUAUAAAACUUUGGAGGGAACUUGAUAUUGAUGUGUAUUGUGAUUGAUUUUUAACCAUCUGUUCCCUACACAGAGAACAACCAAACGUACUGUACGAUAGCGUUUUCCACAUAACGGAAAUUGAUUUAUGCCAGGUAUACUGUAUCACAGUGUAUACAUAUUAAUAUUGCGAGUUACAGGAAAUAAAUUUUAACUGUUGUAAAUAGAUUGCUAGUACAAGGUCAUGCAUGCCUAAAGAUGUGGCGAAUAGUGUGGAUUUAGAUUGAAAGAAAAUUGUCAAGUGGCACGUACACGACGUGGAUCAAACAUACUGUUUUAUUAAAACUGAAAGAAAACAUUUGUGUACAAGAGCAUUACAUUCAUCAUAUUUAUUGAGCAAUUGACUGAUUAAUUGAUUUAAUAUCUACGCGCCAAAUUUAGUUUAUUCACUGCGAAAGAAUACGAUGUUCUGCUGCCACUCUCGGUGUUAAUGAAAUAUUUUAGGUGACAGUUAAUCGGAGUAUGGCGACAUUUGUCGGGAUAGGUUGUAUGUCUGGAUCAUCCCUAGAUGGUUUGGAUAUUUGCUGCGUUGAGUUCACGGGUGACGUCUGCUCCGAUUUGUGGGGCUAUCGUAUUCUGACUGCCGAGACUGUACCAUAUACCACAGAGUGGACUGACAGGCUUAGAGAUGCUGCAAAACUUUCAGGCGCGGAUCUUAUUAAACUACACGUGGACUACGGGCAGUUUGUUGGGCGAACUGUUUCAGAAUUUAUAGAAAAGAACAAUUUGGCGAACGUUCAGUUUAUUUCAUCACACGGACAUUCAGUUUUCCACCAGCCUACUGACGGAUUUACUUUUCAACUUGGUGAUGGGCAGACGACAUCAACGCAUCUUACAGUUCCAUAUGUCUGCGACUUCCGAUCCAAAGAUGUUUGUCUUGGUGGUCAAGGGGCACCACUUGUCCCGUGCGGAGAACGUUUCUUAUUUACAAACAAUGAGAUGUGUGUCAAUUUAGGAGGAAUAGCUAAUAUCGGUAUCAAAGGACACAGCGGUUACGACGUUUCCACGUGCAAUAUCGUGCUGAACCGUCUUGCUUCGCAGAUAAAUGGCAAAUUCCUUUUUGACAAAGACGGUCAGCUAGCACGGAGUGGAAGAGUUGUCAGUGAAGUACUUGAAAAACUGAAUGACUUGUCAUAUUUCGGACAGCCGCCUCCAAAAUCUCUGUGGAAAGAUUACAUUGAAAAAGAAAUAUAUCCGCUUUUAAAUAGGGAGCAGUACAAAAUAGAAGAUUUGUUGCGCACAUGCACAGAACACGUGGCAUUAAAGGUUGCGGAAGCAUGCAUUGAUGCCAAAGAGCUAAUGCCCGACACCGUCAAUACCCCUAGCGUUCUUUUUACCGGGGGAGGGGCGCUGAAUAAAUUCCUUAUUGAAUUAAUCAUAGAAAAAUUGGACGGUCAAGGGUUUGAAGUGGAACAAGCAGAUGAGGAUACGAUCAAUUUCAAAGAGGCGUUGAUUUUCGCUUUCCUGGGAUUAAGGUGCUUGCUUGGCGAGGAAAAUGUAUUCCGAGAAAUAACAGGUUCAUCAAGUGAUACAAUUUCCGGCAGUAUUCAUAGACCGCUGCCAGUUGGCACUGUCAAACCGAUCAGUCUGUUGAGUGCGAGAUAACUGUGCAGUUUACACGUGAUUGUUUACCUUGACACAAAUAACUUUGCUGUUUACAUUAUCAAUCUUGUCUGCAGUAGGUGAAACAACAGUAAAAUUUACGAACAGAAAUAUUUCACUAGAUAGAUUUAAAGAGAAAAUCGUUAGUUAAUAAAGUUGGUUCUCUAUUACAUGUGUACCCCGAGGUGUAUGUUUUUGCGGUCCAGGAGUCAUUUCGACAAAUUACUCGAAGAUAAGCAUAAGGUUGGUUUGAGGUUUCUUGAUAAAUGCCCGGGAAUAAUGACCUGUAGUAGGCCUACAUACGAGUCAGUAGCCACAUUGUGUUUUUUGUUUUAAAUUAAACUACCUCAUUUCAAACGAGUAAUUAUUCUUUCUAAGUUUGACAUGAAAAGUUCUAAAAUAUGAAAAUAGUGUAUGAAAAUAAUGUAGGGGAUUUUUGCUAAGAAAAUUACUGCAGUUGUUCUUUUUCACUGGACAUGCGGCUAUUAUUAGAAGGUUAUCUGUCCAUACUGUACUGCUGAUAAAACCUGAUAAAACAAAGAGCUUUAAUUGAGUCAGAAAUUGUCUUGUAUAAUUCAGUAUGUCCACGCAUCGAUGUGGGUUCGAAACCUCACUUGAAGUGUAGAAUAGUUGAAGCCAUCCAGCUGGGCUUACAUAGUCAAGUUCCGUAGUUCUACCCCGGUGUCCAUCCGUGACGAAAUAAUGAUCGGAGAGGCACAUCAAAAGCAUUGAUGCAACAAAGCAAAAAAAAAAGUAUAUUAUUAGAUAAGGCAUGUUGUAAACAGAUAAUCAUUAGAUGUAAAACUGUUCCAGUUUAUGAACAAAUACCAAGGCUACAAUAGUGCACUGCUUUUCGGACUGUAAAUAUGUAAACAUAACUGAUACAGUUUGCAAAUUCAUCAAAUUCUGCUGUAUUCCAAUGGUGUGCAUUCAUCUGUCAAAAGAAUAUCAUUAUGCCUAUACAUGUAACAAUUAUCACCAGACAUGUUGAGACGCACGUAUUUAUAAAUGCGACUAAUUACAAAAACAAGAGGCCCACUAAUGCCCUGUAUCGCUCACCUGACCUAGUUAUGACCUGAACUGAUGAAAACAAACAUUCUGACCUUGCUUAAAGAUAUAGUGGACCCAAUUUGAACAAUUACUUCAUUGUAUCACUAUGUAUGUAAUUAUAAAAUUUGCAUGUUCAGUAUUGUGUCUUAGGUUUAAAAUACUUAACACAUGUAAAGCCAAACACAGUAUAAAUGUGUGCUACUGAUAGAAAAUGGAAGUUUUUUAACAACUGCCUGUUAUGAAUGAAUGGUUUUUAAAUGUGAAUGAAGAUUUACAAACACAGUUUAUUUACAUAUUUUGUUAGCUUUAAUUCUCUACAUUUAAAGUUAGUCUCUAAAAAAUAAAC